GGAUAAAACCCUUCACUCAAAACAGGUCCAUCACUUUUUCCAUUUGACGCCUGAGAGGUGACUGAAGACCCUUGUGAAGGAUUCGGUGAGACAAUUAUCAAGAUCACGACAAAGAUGGCCAGGAUCCUGAUCGGAGUGAUAGCAGCACUUGCCUGCUUCAUGCUUGUGGAGUCCCUCACAUGCAACGAGUGCUCCUUCGGUUUGCUCGGUUUCUGCGUUUCCUCGUCCACCGUGGGUUGCAGCACCAACACCUCCCAGUGCUUCACAGGAAAAGCCACUUUUACUUCCAUCUCAUCCUUAGUGGGCUUCAACACACAAGGUUGCAUCGAGCAGGCCAAUUGCAACAUGACCACCAACGCCACCCUGCUGGGUGUGACCUACGAGGCCAAAGUGGAAUGCUGCUCCACGGACAGAUGCAACCCGGCCCAGACGAGCGGAGCCCCGUCCGUCAAGGCGACGAGCGCCGCGGCCAUUAUGGCCGCCGUCCUGUGGGGAAGCCUGCUGUGUGAUUGUGAACGCGAAUGGUUCUUCAUCUCUCCUUUUGCAAAACCUUGUGACUACGGGCCUAUCAUGAUCAACUUUUGGAAAACGGCAAUUCUGCUAACUACUACCGUAGCAGCUGUUCACUGCCUGAUCUGCCGCCAGUGCCCCGUCAGCAUAUUGGACCUAUGUCUGUUUGGCAGUGACAUCACAUGUAAUAACGCAACUCAGAGCUGCUACCGAGGAACUGCACAGUUCAAUUCUACCGGCGCGAUCAGGCUGGAAAUCCGCGGCUGCCUGGACUCAGACCUGUGCGGGGAUGUGCUGACCGGCAAUCUCUUCGGAAAUGGUUACACCGCCUCGUUUGAGUGUUGUAACACCGAUCGGUGUAACGGCGCCACGUCUGUGCAGCUCUCCCUGACAAUGGCCGUCUGCGGUGCCCUUUUUUCACUCUGGGCCAUGCAGUAGUUCUGAUGUUUUAUCGGACAAAGCAAGUAUUUUUUUAUUUUUUUGCUUACCGUUUUCCCUUUGGCCUCCUAAAUUCAAUUGUUCCAAGGAUAAGGGCUUGGGAGGAUGACACUGUAUUUCAUUGAAGAGAACUUGCAGCAAUUCUAUUUUGGGCAACAAAGAAAAGACAUGAAGGAAACGUUUAGUAGCAAUGUGGACUGAAGUCCAAUGUAAUUAUAUAAAUUGCUAUUCUGCGCGGUGUGUACAAAAAUGUACGAUAGUCCACAUGCAAUUGCCUGUCCCAUAAUAAGCAUAAUAAAUGAAGUUCGAAUGAAAAAA